AUGGCUGACCCCGGAGUGGAAAUGGCGAUAUCCAAUAUGUUUGUGGAGCACCUUGAAACAUUGAUGAAGCUCUUUUCUGCCCACAAGCUCUUUACACCAAAAUUUCUGGCACGAGAAACGAAGCAGGGUCUGACAUUGCCCAAUCUCUCCGGAAUGGGAGGUGGACACCACUCAGUCCCAACUUCUUUGCCUCUGCCUGAUAUUUGA